CUAAUACAUAUACACAGGACCUAUCAUAACCCUGUUUUAUUCCCUAGUUGAAAACAUGUUAAAAGCCGUCGUCCUACUUUGUUUGGUCGGGGUCAGUGUCGCGCAGACGCAAUAUGUGUGGGAUUUACUGAAACCGGCUCUGAAUGUGGCGGAAGUGCAGGCCAUCUUAGCCAACAGGGAUGCCAAUCAGUUUCCCACAUAUGCCAGCGUCCCGCAAACCGGCUUCCGGUGUGACAGCAAGAAACAGCCAGGAUUCUACGCCGACACGGAAGCCCAGUGUCAGGUCUUCCACCGAUGCGAUUUCAACGGAAACCAGACUAGUUAUCUGUGCGUCAACAGCACGGUGUUCAAUCAGGUCACUCUCGUGUGCGACUAUUUUUACAACGUCGACUGCCAAAAAUUCGCCUCGUACGAAAACUUUGCCAAUUCCCGUCUGUAUACUGACCAACCGCUCUUCGAUACUCCCCCUUCCAGCUACGUACAGCCCGGAGCUGGAGCUGCUCAGAUUCUCACAAAUGACAAACCAUCAAAAAACCGAUCCUUCAAGCCGAGUCAGCGCCUAAAGGUUUUACAGAAUACUCCAUUCGGGAAUAAGAUGAAAUAAGAUGUGGAGACGUCAUGCCGACAGCGAUGACCAAUAUCGGACUUGGGAAAGCUGGAAAUAACAGGAUGAUUUUUUAUACAGUUCGCAUGUCUGCUGAUGUUCUUGCGGUCGCACUUAUUACGUUUAUUGUAUGUGUGCAUAUGCAAAACGUUUUUCGUUGUACAGCGACACGACAGAGUUUCGAUAUAUUAACUUCUACAGAUGGUUUGUGAAAUUAAAGUCGGUUAUAGAUGUACUAUUGUUUUAUUCCACAUCGCGCAAUGAUAAAAGGACGCGGUUUUUAUUUUUUAGUAA